AUGUACCUGCGCAGGGCGGUCUCCAAGACCCUGGCGCUGCCGCGGAGGGCGCCGCCCAGCCCCGCGCCGCUCGGGAAGGACGCAUCUCUUCGCCGGAUUUCAUCUAAUAAGUUCCCAGGCCCAUCUGGAUCCAGCAUGAUCUAUUACCUGGUUGUCGGGGUCACAGUCAGUGCUGGUGGAUAUUAUACCUACAAGGCAGUCACAUCAGAGCAAGCCAGACACACAGAACAUGUCGCGGAUUUGAAAGAAAAAACAAAUGCAGAGUUACCUCCACUUCAAGGCGAGAAGGAAAGCAUUGCAGAAGCUCAGGAAGCAGCUUUGGCCGCCCAAGGAGUACCUGUAGGUGAAGACGAAUUGGCAUGUGCUGAGGAGACCCCAGAGGCUGCAACUGAAGUUCCAGAAGGGCCUUCAGCCAGCCCAGGUGCUGAGCAGGCUGCCCCGGUGGAGGCGGCGGCGGAGGCGGCGGAGGGGAGCGGGGAGCCUGCGCCGGAGGCUUCCGACGCUGCCACGGGGGACGCCGCAGAGAACAGCUGCGAGCCCGCUGCGGAGGCUGCGGAGGCUGCGGACCGGGCUGAGGACCAGGCUGCGGACCGGGCUGAGGACCAGGCUGCGGACCGGGCUGAGGACCAGGCUGCGGACCACGCUGAGGACCAGGCUGCAGACCAGGCUGCGGACCACGCUGAGGACCAGGCUGCGGACCAGGCUGCGGACCCGUCCGUGGCCCCCAGCGAUGACAAAGGUACCACCGAGAUCCCGAGCUCCGAGGAAUGUGCUGAGCUAGAAGAAAGCCCCCCGGCGGGCUCGGAACCAUCUGCGGGGCCGGAUUUGCAGGAAGAAGCCGCAGCCACCCCUGAGCAAAGCUAAUCUGUCCGCAGUCCUUUCGGCAGAACUGUCCCAUGUCUGAUAGCAGCUUUUGUGUUUCCAGCAGCUUUGAAACACUUCUAUGCCACAAAGGUUUUCGUCUAUUUCCUGAUAGAUGUUUGGAUUGAGAAGUAGGAUUUUGCAUGUCCCAAUAGCGCUUUGCUUUCUAAGAUGUUGGAAUAAAGAGUUUAAGUAGUAUACCUUUGAAUUUUAAGUUUUACAUUUUAGAAACUGAGUUGUCCGUGCACCCCGUGUUCACUUGAAUUUUGCUCUUCCUUUGUCUUCGUUACAUGUAAGUUUGGAUUAGCGAGUUUGAUUUGAACUCAUCUAAAUAAAAGUGGAAAAUCUUCA